AUGAAGCUUUCCUUGAAACAAUUCGUUGUUCUUGCGCUAGGCAUAGCUACUUCUGGCGUAAAUGCCAACUCAUGUCAGGAACUAAAUGAUCAAAAGGCAAUCGAUGAAUGCUACAUGAAGAUCGCUUUGGAUUACGCUUUGAUUCACAAUCCUGGGUUUCCUUUCGGUGCCUUGAUCGUGGAUCACAUCAAGAACGAUAUCUCUUGUUACGGUGCCAACUCAAACAAAAAGAACAAGCUGCUUCAUGGAGAGACCGCUGCCUUCUGGAACUGCACCGAGUUGUAUCCUUCUCCUACCAAUGAUGACAUGUUUAAUCCCGGUUUAGAUUGGUCCCAACAAACUUUAUACACUACUGGUGAGCCCUGCCCCAUGUGCGCCUCUCAAAGUAUCUAUCGCGGCGUUUCUCGUGUUGUAUGGGGCACCUCCAUCCCGGAUAUCAACAAGAGCGGAAGACAGCAAUUGAUGAUUAGCAUGCAUGAUGUCGUUGCUUCCGCCAAGAUCGGUGCCAAUCUCCCCAAUCAUGAAGUGCCUAUCCUCGAGGGUGGUGUUUUGAAGGACGAAUGUGAUCACGCAUUUUGGUGUGCAUUUGAAGUAUUCAGGGAUGAUGAGUACUAUGCUGCUAUGACAAAAGACGGCCUUGAAAAGUACAUCGAAGAUAGAAAUGCUCGUUUCAAAUGCAAGACUGUGCCCGAGAAGGAUCGUGAUGAGCUCUAA